GGCGGGGCUGCCUUGAGUUUCUACCGCCGGCUUCUUCCUCAGCGUCCUCCUCCAGUCAGUCUUGGCUGGUGUCUGAGGCAGCGCCGUCAUGCAGAAGGUGGCCCUGGUCACUGGCGCCAGCAGUGGGAUUGGUUCUGCACUUUGUGAGCGUCUCCUCCAGGAAGAUGCUAGCCUCCGUGUGUGCUUAGCCUGCAGGAACAUGGAGAAGGCCAAUGCGACCCGUAACAAACUGUUGUCCCACUUCACCCAUGCAGACAUCAGCAUUGUUCAAAUAGAUGUGGGCAAGCUGGAGUCUGUCCUGCAUGCAGCUGAAGAGAUCAAAAUGAGAUUUCAUCGUUUGGAUUAUCUCUUCUUGAAUGCUGGGAUCAUGGUAAAUCCACGUAUCAGUUUCUGGGCAUUUUUACAAGGCAUCUUUUCCAGGUAUUAUAUAUCUGACUGGAGUUCAAAGCAACACAUAUUGGGUUCCCAAGUGCUCUCCUAUCCAAAUACUGACCAGCCCCAAACCUCUGUAGCUACAGUGAUGGAACAUCCUCAAGUGGAACAAAAUGAAGCAAAGUCCUCUUGCACCCAGAGAGCACUCAGGAUGUUGACCACAGCUGAGGGCCUGAUGUCUCAGGAGGACAGAGUCUCUCCAGAUGGCCUGCAGGAGGUCUUUGAAACAAACUUAUUUGGACAUUUUGUACUGAUUAGACAGCUGGAGCCUCUUCUUUGCUGUACUGAAAGGCCCUCCCAGCUUGUCUGGACCUCCUCAGUCAAUGCUCAUAAGUCAAACUUCAGUCUUGAUGAUUACCAACACAGCAAAGGCACAGAGGCCUACAGUUCUUCUAAAUAUGCUACAGACCUCACAAGUGUGGCUUUGAACAACCACUUCAACAAGCGGGGCCUGUAUUCUAGUGUCGUGUGUCCAGGUGUUGUGAUGACCAACAUGACUUAUGAAAUUCUGUCUCCUUUUCUCUGGAAGUUGCUUUUCCCCAUCUUGUGGUUGUUGCGUCUUUUUACUCCCACGUAUACACUGACGCCAUAUAAUGGAGCAGAAGCACAGAUUUGGUUAACCAAGCAGAAGCCUGAAACACUGGACCCACUGGUGAAAUGCCACAGCUGUACCACAGUCUUUGGAAAGAAUUACAUUGAGCUCCGUAAGAUGGAUGUUAGUGAAGACAUGGCUGAGAAGCUGUAUGCAAAGUUGUUGGACUUAGAGAAACAAGUUUUAGAAAGGUGCAAUAACCUGCAGAAUAAAAAAUAGCAAGACCAUACAUGUUUCUAAUUUCUUAUCUUUGUAACAAAGAGUUUCUUCCACUUGAAGCAGUGUGACUCCCAUCUCCUUGUUUAGCUUUGGAAAGCAGGCCUCUCUGGAGACAUAUUGCUGGGUUAUGAUGGAGUGCUGAAGAAACCCAAAUGAUACCUUAUUACUUACUCUUUGCUUACCCAACUAUGGUGCUGCCCCUGCUAUGAUUUUUAUAAAUGUGUUUUUCCCCAACCUAUUAAUUAUUACUGUUUUUAAUACAUCUCAGAUUUUCUCUUUCACUAGUGGGUCUUCUCUAUUGUGAGAGUGCUUCCAGAAGAAGACAUUUACCUCAGAUAAUAAAUAUAUUGGAGGACA